AUGCUCAACAAACUCCCAACCCUCCUGGCCCUGAGCCUAACGGCCCAAGCCGCCGAUUUCUACAACUCAGGCACAACCGAUGGCUGGGACUCAAUGAACAAGGAAAACAAAGGCACCGUCGACCAAGUAACCAACGUCGUCUACAAGGGCCCGACCGCUCUAAAAAUGACCCAAACAUACGACUCCUCCUAUUCAGGCCGCUACCACUCCGAAGUCGUAAAGAAUGACGCCUACAAGCGCGGCGACACAGGCGCCUACGGCUUCUCCUUCCGUCUCUCAGAGGACUGGGAGACCUCCCCAGCGCAAUCGUACAACAUCGCCCAGUUCAUCGCCGACUUCGGCGAUACCGGCUGCGACGAUUACAUGCCUGGCACUAUGGUCUGGUUGGAAGGGGAUCAGCUUUACUCGCGGGUUAAGCAGGGGUCGAUCUGUGAGCAGAAGACGGAGAGCUUUGACAAUUUGGGCUCGGUGAGCACCGGGGAAUGGCAUCGCGUGGAGAUUGAGGCGAACUGGGAGUCGGAUGAGUCGGGGAGCUUUAAGUUGUCGCUUGAUGGGAAGAAUGUGCUUGAUAAGCAGGGGAUUGCGACUACCAUUGAUGAUGAUCGGGCGUUCCAGUUCCGGGUUGGAUUGUAUGCGAAUGGUUGGCAUGAUGAUGGGGGUAUGCAGGGGUCGCAGGGGACCAGGGAGAUUUGGUAUGAUGAGAUUGCUAUGGGGGCUACGCUUGGUGAUGUUCAGGUUCAGGCUGAUAAUGCCGCUUAG